AUGGUGUGGUCCUCCGCCAGCCACAGCGGCUCCUCCUCCUCCUUCAGCAGCCUCCUGUUGGAGCGGCAGCAAUCUGGCCUCACGCACCGCCGACUAUGGCGCACGCCCGCGCUGCUCUGGCGCAUAGAGCUUCGCGCCGUCCUCGAGGAGCAUGACGGGUGCGUCAACACGGUGAGCUGGAACACAGCCGGGACACAACUCGUCUCUGGCUCGGACGACUGCCGCAUCGCAGUGUGGGACGCGUGGGACCCGAGUGCCGCGCGUCACGCCCGCCGCCGCUGCGUCGUGAACACUGGCCACGUGCGCAACAUCUUCUGCGCAAAGUUCCAGCCGGACAGCGGAGACACAAAGGUGGCGACAUGCUCUCUCGACGGCACCGUCCGGCUGCAGGACUUGCGCAGCGGCGGCGACACGCUGCUCGGCCGGUCGCACGCAUUCGUCUCCAAGUUCGAGUACGUCCCCGACACGCCUCCCGUCCUGCUCGCCGCCGCGCACGACGGACUCGUCUCCGUGUUUGACGUGCGGGCGGCGCAGCAGCCGGUGGCUCUCAUCAACCUCUCGCACAUCGGCGGCUGCACGACGCUCGCCUUUGACCCGGCCGCGCCCGGCCCGCUCGUCGCCGUCGGCUGCGAGGAUGCUCUCGUGCGGCUGUACGACCUGCGCUUGCUCGGCGGAGAGGCGAGCGAGGCGGCGCCUGUAAAGGCAUUUGGCGCGCGGCGGCUGCUCGAGGCGAGCCGGCGCGGGCGCGCGCACCUCUCCCAAGGGGCGAGCGGGCUCGCCUACUCCUCCUCGGGCGAGCUGCUCGUCAACCUGCGCGGAGAGAGGAUGCUCCUCUUCGACUCGCGCGCGCCGGCGGGCGAUGCCCCUCUCCCCUCUCGCAUCUCCAUGCAAAGCCGAAGAGAAGAGAAGAGCAGCGCGGCCCGCGCGGGCGACAGCUUCCAACACAUCCCCGUGCUCGCGGACACGAUCGCCGAGUACCACGGGCGCGCCAACGACGAGACGUUCGCCAAGGAGUGCGCCUUCUUGCACGAUGGCGGGUACGUCACCACGGGCGGCGACUGCGGCCACCUCUUUGCGCGCGGGGACGGCGCCAUCGUCAACUGCGUGGCGCCGCACCCGGCGCUGCCCGUGCUCGCCGUGUCGGGCAUCGACUCGGACGUCAAAAUCUUUGGGCUCGGCGAGGCGAGGAGGGGGCGCGAGAGCGCCCAGAGCGGGCACCGGAGGGCGGCGGGCGAGAGUGGCCGCGAGGGAGUCGGGACUGCGCGGUGGAGCGGGGCGGAGGCGUACCGCGCGGCGCUGGCCACGGCGCGCUUCCACGUGGCAGACGCCGCGGUGCGUGCCGAGCAGCGGCGCGCGGCCGGGCAGGGGGAUGCUGCCGGCGCGGCGUGCCCGCGACCCGUGGCGCGUGGUCUGCGUAGGCACGGCCGUCUGAUGUGCCGGCUCAACCUCGCCUCGUCGCUGCUCGCGCUGCGCCGGUGGCGCGAGGCGCGAGACGCGUGCGGCCGGGCGCGGCUCGAACUCGACGAUCUGACGGGCGCCGCUUCCGACCUCGCCACUGCAAUCUCGCUCCGAGGCUCCGACCCGGCGCUGCUGCGGUUGCGGCGGCGGCUGCAGAGCGUGAGCCGUGAGCGGCAGGCAACAGCGGAGGGGUUCGCAUCCGGCGGGGCCGCGGGCGGGGAGCAGAGUCAGGAUGCGAGCCCGGGCGACUCGGGCGAGUCCGUCGAGGGCGAGAGCGGCGAGGAGCAGAGCGGCGAGGGCGAGAGCAUUGACCGGAGCGACGAGAGCGACGACGACGACGAGAGUGGGGAGGAGGAGGCAGCGGUGGCGGCACCGUCAGGCAGCUUCCGCUUCAAUUUUGACCACUCGUGA